AUGCCAGAUGGAGUGAUGAGCUGGCAUUUUCGAAAGCAACGCCUGGCCGGCUACAGCUGCCCCACCGUGGUACUUCAUUUCUUCUUUCCGCGCGGUACAGUCGACGGGGAAGAGUUUGAGGGUCGAUCGCAGCAUGCAUACUUGCCGGACGACGAAGAAGGACGUUCUCUCCUGGCACUCUUCCAGUUGGCAUUCCGUCGAAGACUCCUUUUCGGUCUAAGACCUUCUUUGACGACGGGGCGCCUGCGGCCGACAUUUUCCAUUCACAUGAAAACGUCCAUGAGUGGUGGCCCAGCCCGACACGGGUACCCGGACCCGCAAUACUACAGAAGCGCCCUGGAAGAGCUGCGAUUGGCAGGCAUCGAAAUCGACGCGGCUCUGCCGGUGGCAGUGUCUCUCCACAGAAGCUCCUAUGGCUGUGCCAGAUGUGGACGAGUCGCAGUGGCUGUUCUCAACGGCUUCAUCUACCCGGUCACCCCUCUGGCAUGCUUCUUCGCGCUGGCAGCGACAGGAGAGGGGCGAAUGGCGGUUCUGGCUGCGAUUUCAGUGGAAGCCGGGCUGACUCUCCCGGCCUUCCCGUCCACGCUGGGAUUCCUGCUGUGGAUCCUCCUGACCACGAUCGCGUACACAUCGCUGGACUUGGUCUGCAUGCUGGCCACCGGCAUUGCAAACGUCUACGUCGUGCUUCGAUUACUCUUGCAGCACCGAUACAGCUGCUUCGACACAGUUGCAAACCGAGCCCGCCCCUGGGUGGCAAACCGCCUGUUCCAGCUGGGCCUCCUGAAUCUGGUGAUUCUCUAUUCUGGCAUUUGGCAGUAUACCUUCGGCAAGGUUGCUCUAGCAGGAGCUGCUGCCUCUUUCCUGGUGCAGCUCUUGCGGAGAGGGCAUCGAGCCCCUCAAUGGGUGCAGGAUACCACGACGCCCGACUUACAUGCCGCCCUCGAGAUGGCGCCGUGGCCGGGUUGCCAGGAGCCGGUGGGAGAGGUGGGCCCCUUUCGAGAAGAAGACUGGCCGAGGUAUUCUUGCUGCACGUCUUUGCAAGGUCGUACAGACAUGCGGCGAGUACAUCAGGACGUGAUGCGAUCGCUCGAAGAGAACAGCAGAGCGAAUGUGAGUAGUGUUAUCCAGACGAUGCUUGCAAACGAGCUUCGCUUUUCGGAGGAGCACGCCGUGUUCUACCACAGCUACUCCAGCUCUUGCAUACUCUACGAGUUGCAAGCCGUGCUUGCUGCUUUCUUCCUCGGCUACCCGCAAGAUGGCCCGCCGAUCUUGCGCUUGACCAGGGCUCCCUUCGAGAACGUGUCGUCUUUGCAGCAGCUGCUGGACCUCCGCAGAGCCGGCACCAGCGACCGCACCCCAGAGUUCCGAGCCCUUGCGAUUUCUGUGUUUUGUUCCUGCUUUGCCUCGGGAGGCUAUGGGAGAAGUAUGUUGGAAAACUACCUUGUCAGCGGAUACCACACGCCGCAUGACACCAGCGCUGACAUCCGACGGCUCCUGGAGCUGGUCUUGCAGCCAGCCGGGGAGCUCGAGGAGCUGCCGGCCUUGCUGUCCGGCAUCCUGGCACUUGGCCAGGCGUUUGACCUGGAUUCGCGGGCGUCUGGGGCGAAAGGAGCAGCCAAACGCAGAGGGCAUGUCCUCCAGAUCUUCCUCCAUCACUCGGUGGUGGAUGCCGUCGUGUAUGGGGCCCAGCCCUUGGGUUCCCUGGCACCACAGGGUGUUCCCUUCUCCGAGUGGCUUCGACAGCAGUGCCCGGUGGAGGGCCAAGCGCGUCUCCUGAUGCAUCCUGAUCUCUUCCUUGACACACGCCGUGGCCUCGUGCACAUCGUGGCUUUGAGCCCGCGGCCCUUCGACCGGCUUGGCUUACGCAGUCGCCUUCGGGAGCUUCUUGGGCCCCACUUGGCGAAAGCAGCGCAGGAGGAUCUGAAGGCAUCCCUUGGAUUUCGAGACAGAGAGGAGACGCCCUCCGCUACGCAGGUCUCACCAGAAGUUGUGUAG